AUGGAUUUCCCGCCAUGGUUACGCAGCAGAGGUGGACGGAUUCACCCUGAACUUGACUUGUUUCAUACUUUGCCGUCUGGAGAUAGAGGAGUUAUCGCGCGAAGCGACAUUGCUGAAGGCGAGCUUUUGCUCCUCCUGCCAAUUGACUGCGCUAUCUAUAUCCCUACUGACGAGGAGUUUAAAAAGCACCCCAAUGACUUCCCCGAUGCCGUACGAUACCUCCGGGAGGCCCAUCCGGGUCUCAGCCCCUUCCUGGCCACCACACUGGUCCUCAUGUCCGAAAUGACCCGCGGGUCAGUCUCCCCCUGGGCCGCCUACGUGGCCACGCUGCCGGCCAGUUGCCCCGACUGUCUUCUCAACUGGACUGAGGAAGAGAAGCUGGAGCUCAAGGGCACAUCCCUGGAGCAAUCCGGACCCGACCCCGCCGUGGAUGUGUACCGCCGCCACGUGGCGCCCAUACUGGCCUGUCGUACAGACCUCUGGCCGGGACUGGCGGCCAAGGAGCCGCCGGCGGCGGAGGCGACAGGCGCAACGCUGGAUGCCGGUCUGGCGGCGUUUGCCCGUGCUGCCGGGCUGGUUCAGAGCCGGGCGUUCCACCUGGAGGCGGAGAACUGGGUGUCUGGUGCGAAGGAGAUCGCCCACUUAGAAAAUGGCGGCACCCAGGUGUUUCUGUUGCCCGGUAUCGACAUGAUCAACCACUCGCACAACCCGGACCGCCGUAACGCCCACUUGGAGCGCCUUAAUGUGGCUCAAGCUGCGGCGGCUAAGCUGCUGGAGAGGGAGCCGGGGGAGGAGGACGCGAGGGAGGGGGCCAAGGGGGUUGGCGUCCGGGGCGUGGAGGCGUUCUUCGUCAUGCGCGCAGACAAGCCCAUCAAGGCCGGCGAGGAGGUACUGCACACGUACGGCAAUUUGUCAGAUGCGCAGCUGCUCCAAACGUACGGCUUUUUGGACAGCGAAGACGAUUUUUUCCCGGCGCAAUUCGCCACCAGUGUAGGGCCCUCGCCCAAGAAGCGAGCCAAUGCUGGCGGGAACCAGACUGCCGCCGCCGCCGGCGCCAGUGGUGACGGCGGCGGCGGCGACGGAUAUCGUAAUCCGUACAACGCGGCGCUGGUCCCUUGGACAGCGGUUGAGGAGGUGUGCGUUGGAUUGCUGAAAUCCAUGGAUCAGGCACUCCCCGCAGCACUUCGGCGAUCAAAGCGCGACUUCCUGGCGGCCGCCGGUGUACUGCAGUCCGCCGCGCCCGAGGCGACGCAGUUCGUACUGCUGGCGCAGGAGCCGCUGCCGGACGAGCUCAUGACGGCCGUACAGGUGUUGCUCAUGACCAAGGACGAGUUCCAGGAACUGAGACGUGAGUUCGGGAGCAGCGACCCCAAGUCGACCCCCGGGGGCCGUCCGGCUCCCGGGGCCGCUAGGAAGGCCGCGGGCAAGGGCGCCAAGGCCGGCGGCAAGGCGGCCGCCACGUCAGCAGCACCAGCAGCGCCGGGGGACUCCGACAACACUCCUUCGCAGCCCCACAAGAAGCUGUCUCUAGGCACAGCGUUGUUGGAGGAGGAUGAGGAUUUUGCUGAGAUGGUGUGCAUCGCCUCGCUGCAGAUAUUGGAGUCAUGCAUGGAGCGGUACCCCAGCAGUGUCAAGGACGACGUACGACUGUUGCGAAGUGCCGAGUGCAGGGGAAGGCAGCGACUCGCUGUGCGGGUGCGGUUGGGUGAGAAGGACGUGUUGCAGACGGCCAAGAAGGCGGUGGUGGAGCUGAUGAAGCGGCUGAGAGACGGCGGGGCGGCGGAGGGGAGCCAAGAUGAUGAUGAUGACGAUGAUGAUAACGGGGAGGAGGAGGAGGUGGAGAGCGAGGACGAGAAGGAGGAGGACGGCCAGCGGCGAGCACCUAAGCGGCAGCGGCGGGGCCUAGGCGCGCCGCCGUCCGAGGGCGAGGAUGCCGACAAGGAGGUUGGGAGCGGCGGCAGGGGCGGCAAUGGCGAUGACGGUGGUGAUGACGACGAAGACGAUGAAGAUGAGGCGGCGGAUGGGUUAUUGAUGGGGAGUGAUGACAGCGAUAAGGUUGGGUACGGCGCUGUAGAUUACGACGACGGCAUUGGUGAGGCGCACGACAGGGGCAAGGCGCACGACCUGCCCAAGGACAACUGA